UUCUCUCUUUUUAAGGACUAGGAUUGUACACUGGGAGCGGUGAUGUUGGCAGAAGAGAUGGGCCCAAUGAACUAUUGAACCGAGCCUGGGGUCGUCGAGACAGCCGUUCCGAAAGUGAUCACCCUGAGGUAAUGCAAGAGGAAUCAAGUGAAUGCGGGAAGCAUUAACUCCUUGUUGCCAUGACAACAGGUGACUGCUGUCAUCUUCCAGGAUCUCUUUGUGAUUGUACUGGCAGUGCCGCCUUUUCUAAGACGGUAACAGCAGCUGAUGCAGGGCGACCUCAGUACAUCGCACAAGUAACAGCAAAAAAUGGACGCCUGUUGUCAACUGUCAUUAAGGCUCUGAGCACUCAAAGCGAUGGGCCAAUUUGCCGGAUAUGUCAUGAGGGCAGCAACAUGGAAGGCUUGCUCUCACCUUGUGAUUGCACUGGAACACUUGGCACAGUUCACAAAACCUGCCUGGAGCGAUGGCUUUCAUCUUCCAACACCAGCUACUGCGAACUUUGUCACACUGAGUUUGUAGUGGAGCGAAGGCCUAGACCUUUGAGAGAGUGGCUCAGAGACCCAGGUCCCAGGAAUGAGAAGAGGACGUUAUUUUGUGACAUGAUUUGCUUUCUUUUCAUCACACCAUUAGCAGCAAUCUCUGGUUGGCUUUGUUUGCGAGGAGCACAGGAUCAUCUACAAUUCAAUAGCCGCCUGGAGGCGGUUGGACUCAUUGCACUCACCGUUGCACUUUUCACCAUCUAUGUCCUGUGGACACUGGUUUCAUUCCGCUAUCACUGCCAGCUCUACUCAGAAUGGCGAAGGACCAACCAAAAGGUGCAAUUGAUGGCUGCAGACUAUAACAGCGCUACUCCACAUUCUCUCCUCUCAUCCAAGCUCAUAAGGAAAGAUUCCAGUGAAACAAUUGUGUGAAUUUAUUGGUAAAUAUCUAUCAAGAAAUGAAAACUCUCAAAAUUCACACUUGUCCCCAAGGUGUGUUAAGUAAUUCCAGCCAGUGUCAGCAAAACAACAGCAAUUUGUUUAUCGGAAUACUUGCAAGAAAGAAACUUCAUUUGCAACAUUCUCAGGAGCCAAUAAAUAUGCAGCCAGCAUUUAAAUGCAGUUCUAAUGAACAGUGGGAUUAAAACAUCAUACUUCCAUUGUACAAAUAGAUGGUGGUUAUUCUCCCAUUCUAAGGUGAAAGCUUAUGGAAUGGUAACAUGGAAUUGAAAUUUGACAAUCAUUUGUGCUAUCCUGUACAAAAUAACAGGGCAAAGAACAAAAGAAUGAGGGGUGUGUGUGUGUGAGUAUGAGAGAGAGAGAAAGAGAUCUGAACCCUCUUUGUUAUAGAGGCAGCAACUAGCCGUAAAUAUAAAGUUUUUGUCCUUAGCAUUGCACAGUAAUCAACUAUUGGAUCGGUCAGCACUAAUUAUGUAAAGACCUGGGAGACCCAUCCCAAUUUUAUUUUUGGUGAAUAUUAUUUUUAAAUAGAGAAGUGGCAAAUCAGACAUCCAAGUCUAAUUGGAAUUCGGAAAGUUUAAAUGUGAACUUACAGGUUUGUGUGGUAUCCUUUUGAAUUUCUAUAGAAGAUAUGAUGGGAAGUACCCUAAUGGCCAGUGUACAUUAUCUAGCACCGAUCUUGAGCAUCACUGAUGCCCAACAACUUUGUCUCAAAGUGACAUAUAAUCACAUUCUAGUAUUGGCGUUGUGACAAUUUUUAUUGGCAAUUAUCUUCUGUCUUUAACAGAUGACACUCCUAGUGUUAAAUACGCUGCAUGUUUUUAAAAAUCAUAUUUUUGCAAUACAGUUAUCAACACUACAAUCAGCUUCCUGUACUUGUGACCACAGUGCAUAGUCAGAGAGCUUGUCAAUGUCACUAAAUGAGAACUUUGAGAUGUAAUUUGUAAUAUUUAAAUAGGGGAGAAUGGUAUUCAAGAAAAGUUAGAGAAAACAAAAGUCGUCAAAGUGAAUAAGUGAAACCAUAGAAGUCAUAAGUCUUUUGAAAUCUAUACCAAACUUCAGCAGUAAAAGAAGUCUGGGUGAACGUUAUUCAAAACACUUAUUAUUUUCGUAGCAAAUAAUUUGACCAAAUUUGGCUUGAAUUAAACUCUAAAUAUAGAAAGAUUUAACCCUGUAUGUGUUUUCUGAAUAAGAUGGGCUUGGAGAAGGUGUUUGCUUCCAAUAUCUGUCUUUCCCUUUUGAAGAUUGACUGACUGCAGUAGAUGGAAGGACUUCUUGCUUUCUAGUCUGUUACAGUCGAUUUCUGUUUCCUGCCUUUCUUUCUAUGGUCACCCAUAAACAUUUAAUAAGUGAAAUAUCAAAAUAAUACUGUACAGUUUGUCAAAAUGUUGAAAGAGGGCUUAUUUUAAUAAAACCCGUUGUUCAGUGUGUUUCCCACCUUUUCAUUGUUUUCAGAAUGUUUGUUUAGUUUUUAUUGCAGAGUUCUUGAUGCACAAUUUAAGGGCUUUGUGCAAUUCCAAUAUGAUGUAAAGUUUAAACUUUAGUUGAGGAAGACGGUAACUUUUAAAAAUUUUGUUUACUUCAGUAUUUCUCCCUCUGAUCAUUUGAUUUUUAAUUUUAAAUUGAUUGUGAUAGAGCAGUGAACACUGUGAUUCUCCAACUGAAAAUUCUCAUUCAUCAUCACUUUUUAUUCUUUUCUUCUUUUGAGGAUAAUCUAUUAUAGGAAACCAGCAUUAUGGUUAAAAAAUAUUGAACAAUAGAAGUGUAUGCUGAGAUUCAGACUAACCUGUAAACAUCACUGUCAUGUAUUCCAGUGCACGAAGCUCCAUUUUCUCAUUAUUUGUGCAAAAAAUGAAAAACUGACACAUUGCAUUCUCUGAUGUAAUUUAUUACCUAAGAAAACGGAACACUAGGUGCAUUCAUGAUUCUGUCGACACUUGCACAAGGAAGAGCAAAACUGAAAUAAAAAGAAAAAAUUUCAAGCUAAAAGAAGGUACAGAGAACAUUAGAAGUACACUUUGCUUUUGUUAGGCUUUCUGCAUUCUGAAUUGUCGAAGUAAUGACAAUUUCAAGAAAACAAAAGCAAAAUCCAAUUUGGCAAGUAGUAAAUUGUAACUAGUGAAUUUGCCUUCAUUAUACAUACAUUUAAUUGGGAGUAUUUCUGUGAGCAGAUUGUUUACAAUUUUGUUCUGCACCUUUUGAAAUUUUUCAUUAGGAAAUUCUACAUAUUGAAAACCAUAUGCUCCCAAGCACAUCAAUUUGGUGCUUAAGAAAAUUGGGAUAAUAAACAUAACACCAAUGUUUUACCUGAGAGAGAUAAUGGGAACUGCAGAUGUUGGAGAA